GCAUAACGACCCUAAUAAUAAUAUUGUCCUGUAGUCUGCACUCGAUUGUUUAUAUUUAUGUAACCUUAUCACAAUAUCUCGUGUUAUCAACGGGUGGUGCGGUGGUACCGGGAUGAAGUUAUCGGCGCGUCGGGGCGCAACCUAGGCGCGAGAUCCACCGCGGCCCGUGCAACACCUUUACUGGGCAAAGUUCAACCGUAGCGGGGCGGGACGCGUUGCAACUUUGCAAGCACCAUCAACACGAGCACGACUGAACAGUGAGCGGAGUCUGGCUGCGGACCAGUGGGUACUGGGUAGCACUUCCCAGCGCUGAACUGAAACGUCCAACCGGACUACCGGGACCGGCGAACCGCAGUCCGCAGCUGAAGCUGACGACUGCAUCAGUACAAGUGACGGCAGUACGGCUCAUCGCACAUCACGGCCGCGGGUCGUCCCCGUCAGUCCGGACUCCUGACGGUUCGUUAGCUGGUGGUGGUAAUGGUGUAACGACGGUGGCCGACUGCCGAAAGCCGUUUCCGCGUCGUUGUCCCGACGUGGUGCCGUCGCGACUAGCUACUGCCGGUGGACAGUGCCACAGUGGUCACUCUCACUACUCACUGGUCAGUCGGUCAGUGUUUAGUACUGUUUAYAGAGACGUGUCCGCCGCACACCGCGCGUGCAUGUGAUACAUCCUCCUGUCGGAAGUCGCGGCCAAUAUUAUUACUCAUUAGUCAUCGUUGACAAAUGUAAUAUUAUUAUUGUGUCGGUGUCGCGUACACGUCCUCGCCACGUCCUGCUCCCUUCGACCGCACCGCAUUCCGUGUAGUGUUUCUUGAGUUUCUUCGCGUAUCACUGUCUCGUCGUCAUGACCGGUGUCGAGUAGAGACUGUCAUUUUGUGUGUGUGUUGUUUGUACGUUUGUGUAGGCGAUCAAAACUAUGGCCGACGAGGAAGUGCUUUUCGACGAUGUCUACGAACUGCUCGAGACCAUCGGAAAAGGACCAUUUAGUUUGGUUAAAAGAUGUGUUCAUCGUCAAACUGGACAACAAUUUGCUGUUAAAAUUGUUGAUGUUGCAAGUUUCACAUCAAGUCCUGGUUUAAGCACAUCAGAUUUAAAACGAGAAGCAACAAUAUGCCACAUGCUAAAACAUCCUCAUAUUGUGGAACUACUGGAAACAUAUAGCUCCGAAGGAAUGCUUUAUAUGGUGUUUGAGUAUAUGGAUGGAUCAGACAUAUGUUUUGAAAUUGUCCGUAGAGCUACAGCUGGUUUUGUUUACAGUGAAGCAGUAGCAAGUCAUUAUAUGAGGCAAACACUUGAAGCAAUCAGAUAUUGUCAUGAGAAUGACAUUAUUCAUAGGGACAUUAAGCCUCAUUGUGUCCUAUUAGCCACAAAAGAGAAUUCAGCUCCAGUUAAACUUGGAGGAUUUGGUGUGGCAAUACAGUUGCAUGAUGGGAGCUCUAUUAAUGGAGCAAAAAGUUUUGAUGAUUUGUCCCGACCUAAUUUGAGUGCUAACGGCCAAGUUUAUUUACAAUCAGACAGACAGGGUCGUAUAGGAACUCCUCAUUUUAUGGCUCCAGAAGUUGUGGAACGACAACAAUAUGGUAAACCUGGAGAUGUWUGGUCGGCCGGAGUUAUAUUGCAUAUACUAUUAUCUGGACUAACACCAUUCCUAGGUACUGGGGAUCGACUUUACCAUAAUAUAUGUGAUGCUAGGUUGAAUUUUAAUAGACCACAAUGGGAACAUAUUAGUGAAGGAGCUAAAGAUCUUGUUUGUAAGAUGCUAUGUUUAGAUCCUAAAAAACGUUUGACCAUUCAGGAAGUUUUAAAUCACAGAUGGCUAAGGGAAAGAGAUAAGAAUGCGUCCAAAGUUCAUUUGGUAGAUACAGUGGAACAAUUGAAAAUAUAUAAUAGUCGUAGACGUUUACGUGGUGCUGUAAUGGCAGCAGUGUCAUCACCACGCUGGACUUACCAGUCUUCUCUAGAUUCAAACUCCAAUGCUAUUGAACAGUUUUCUGAUUUUGGCGAUGAUGAUAUUAGUAAUUCGGCUGUUGGUGUUAUUCUGAGUUCAUUGGAUGACAUUCAAUGUAUACAGGAAGCACUUCCUGAUACUCCACAAACAGUUUUACCAUUACUAGAUGAUGAACAAUUGUGCAAACUACUGGAGCUGUACCAUUUCAUAAAUUCUAGCCGAACUGAUUCUGAAAAGAAACCACCUUUACCUAUUUCUGAAGACUUAAUUAGCUUAGUUCAUGAUGUCUUGGAUAUACUAACCACUUUACCAAAUCACUCGCAGACUGCUUAUGAUGGUGUCCAGCUUAGAGAUAUAUUAACUAGGCCAUUUUUAAAGUCGUUAAUGCAAACCCAUGACGUAGCGGCUCACGAGAUAUUCGGCGAAGAAGCUGUCCGUGUGACGCCGCCGUUGGUGUUGCCGUAUCUGAACGGCAAUGGCAUUGAUGACGGCGAGAACGGUCUGGACGACGACAUCGAACCCGAGAACGUUACGCGGGUCAGACUUGUACAGUUUCAAAAAAAUACCGAUGAGCCAAUGGGUAUAACUUUGAAGAUGAACGAAGACGGUAAAUGUGUGGUAGCGCGCAUAAUGCACGGCGGUAUGAUCCAUCGUCAAGCCACUCUGCAUGUAGGAGACGAAAUCCGAGAAAUCAACGGUAUAUCGGUUGCUAACCAGUCUGUGGGAGCGCUUCAGAAGCUUUUGAGAGAAGCGAGAGGAUCCGUCACUUUUAAGAUAGUGCCGUCCUACAGAAGUGCACCACCACCGUGCGAGGUACAAUUGUUCAGGAUAAAGCCAUUACCUGUCAUUAUAUUCGUCCGUGCUCAGUUCAGUUAUGACCCGCUUCAAGACGACUUAAUACCAUGCGCACAGGCUGGCAUAACGUUCAAUAUCGGUGACAUAUUGCAGAUAAUCAGUAAAGACGACCACCAUUGGUGGCAAGCUCGAAAAGACAAUUCUGCCGGUUCAGCUGGCCUAAUACCAUCGCCAGAACUCCAAGAGUGGCGCAUCACCUGUAAAGCUCUAGAAAAUUCCAAACACGAACAAGAAUCCAGUUGCUCGUCGCACGAAGGGUGUGACGGUACCACCGAGCGAUUGUUUCUAGCAAUAUGUUAUAUUACUGUUAAAGUGUUAACGCAUUAUCAUGUAAUAGAUAUAUUUUUUAAAGUUAAUUGCUCAAUAUUCGGUCGUAAGAAAAAAUUAAAAGAAAAAUAUCUCGCUAAACACAAUGCGGUAUUUGAUCAUAUCGACUUGGCCACAUACGAAGAAGUAGUCAAACUACCAUCAUUCCAACGCAAAACGUUAGUCCUUCUUGGCGCGCACGGUGUCGGCCGAAGGCAUAUAAAAAACACGAUCAUUCAAAAACAUCCAGACAAAUAUGCUUAUCCAAUGGCUCAUACCACGAGACCGUUGAAACCUGGUGAAGAGAGUGGGAUAGCCUACUAUUUCGUUACUUAUGACGAAAUGAUGACCGACAUAAAUGCACACGAGUACUUAGAAUAUGUAGGCACCCACGACGACGCCAUGUACGGUACGAAGCUGGACACGAUAAGGAAGAUUCACCACGAGGGCAAAAUCGCCAUUUUGGACGUCGAGCCGCAGGCGCUGAAAAUAUUGCGGACGGCUGAGUUCGCGCCGCUGGUCGUGUUUAUCGCUGCUCCGCCGCACCGAUCGCUUACCGACUUCGACGGAAGUUUAGAAAAACUCGCCAACGAAUCCGAACUAUUACAGCGGGCGUAUGAACAUUUGUUCGACAUCACUAUCGUUAACGAAGACAUCGAAGAAACCAUUGACGAGUUGGAAAGGGUAAUGGAACGAGUGCACACAACACCGCAAUGGGUACCUGUAGCGUGGGUGUAUUAGAAUUUAAAUGCUAUCAACAAUAAACUAACAUAAUAUGAUCUUUAGUGUCACCAACAUGAAAUCGGUUCAACAUUUUGUACAUUGAAAAAAAUCUGAUUCAUACUUAACACAUAGAUCUGCAAAUUUCUGUACCCAAUUUGGUUUGUUAAAUUAAUUUGUUUUUCUUUUGUAAUAUUAGCGUUAAGCGGUAAAUAAUCACAGAUCUCAUUAAUUUAUAUUAAUAUAUAUAUUUUUUUUUUAUUAGAAACGAAAGGCGAGUGUUUAUUACGUUAAUUUUUUUUCUCCAAAUUGUUAGGUCUAUGUUUUGGGUCCAAUAAUAUUAUUAUGUUAACGCAACUAAUACACACGCCUAACACCAACAUUCCCCAAUAAUCAUUUGUUAUUACUAUAGCAAUAUUUUGACAACUCAUUAACAUUUAUUAUUUUAAACUCUACUGUAAGCUACAUAAAUUAAUUUAUUUUGGUAUCUAUUAAGUUGAUCCGAAAAAUCAAAAUAUUAUCAAUAAUAUCAUACUUGUUGACUUAUUUAGUCGCUAUUUUGUUGUUACAAUAAUUGUAUUGCUCGUGAGAGUAUUUUCUUUAUAAUUAAAUAUGGAUUAUACAUAGUUA